UUCCGUUGGUUUUGUGGACAGACUUGAUUCGUUAAGAAUGAUGGUGGAUGAUAUGUUUGAGUAGGGGUGUCAAAUUGGUGUGUUGAAUUUUGGCGUGCCAAAAUGAUGUGGUUAUAGGCUUAAAAUUCAUACUCCACUUGUCAGUUUAGGCCACAACCUAUAAUUUAAUAGGAGGUUGGGUUUAACAUAAGCAAUUGUUGAGUUUAAAUUUAUGAUAUGUGGAUUUGGAAGGUCCUUUGCAAUGGUCCGGCUGUCCAUAUUGGAACAAGGUAGGAAGUUAAAUUGUGGAUGGGGUUGUUUAAUGCUACCUCUGAAUAGGCCUCUAUUCAACAUGGAUUAGAAUUAGUUGGGUUUCAGUACAAAACAGAUGGGAAACGAAAACAAACAGAAAGAAUUCAGAUUGUUGGAAAUAUAGAUGAGUAUUAGUUUUGAUUCAGUUGGAAAUGAAACUAGUCAUUUUGGUUCUGAGAAGUGAUCUUAGAAACCAAUCGUGUUGUGCUCCCUUUGUUUUAAUUUCAAUAUUUUACAGGGUAUAUAUGCAAUAAGAUUAAAGUAUAUUUUGAUACAUUUUACUGAGAGUUGUUUUUGUUCAUGUUCAUGAAUUCUCUGUAUUUACCACCCAAAAAGAGAUUUUCUUUCAAACAAUUAAAACAACUUGUUUUGCAACAAUUUCCCAGACACAAUAAUCCAUCUUCAUUAUUGAAUUCAAUGAUUCGUGUUUCCUUACAACAUGAAAAUUUCAAAGAAUUUUUGGAUUUGUACGAAGGGUUGAUCAGGAGUUGUGACACCAACUUCUUUCCAAACAGAGUCACCUUUUCUUUGAUUUUACGUUCUUGUGCUAAUCGAAAUGGAACCCAUUUAGGGAAAUCGUUUCAUUCCCAGAUUGUGAAAAUGGGUUUUGAAUUUGAUGUAAUUUUGCUAACUGGGUUGCUUGAUUUUUAUGCAAAAGUUGGGGAUUUAGGGUCUGCAAGGAAAGUGUUUGUCGAAAUGCCCGAGAGAGAUGUUAUUGCUACUAAUGCUAUGAUUUCAGCUUUCAGUAGGUAUGGUUGUGUUGAGGAGGCGAAACAGCUGUUUGAGAAUAUGUCUCAGAGGAAUUCGGCUUCUUGGAAUUCGUUAAUUACCUGCUACUGCAAAUCAAGUGAAGUUCAUAAUGCUCGAUUGAUCUUUGAUCGAAAUCCAAUGAAAGAUGUGGUUUCAUGGAAUGCAAUGAUUGAUGGAUAUUGUAAGUCGGAGCAAAUGGUCAAGGCGGAUGAAUUGUUUGUUGAGAUGGAGUUCAUGAAAAACGUUGUGACUUGGAAUACGAUGAUUGCAGGAUAUGUUCAAUGUGGCGAAUUUGUUAGAGCCAUAAAUUUGUUUCAACGUAUGCUAAGGGAAGAAGUAAAACCAACUGAGGUGACAAUGGUUAGCUUGCUUUCUGCUUGUGCCCAUUUAGGAGCUUUAGAUAUGGGUGAAUGGAUUCAUGGUUAUAUUAGAACGAAGAAAAUCAUGAUCGAUUUUAUCUUGGGUAACGCGCUUAUAGAUAUGUACUUCAAAUGUGGGAAUGUAGAAGCUGCUAUACAAGUCUUCCAUGGCUUGCAUGAUAGAAAUAUCUUUUGCUGGAAUUCCGUCAUCAUUGGACUAGGAAUGCAUGGGUAUGGGAAGGAAGCUGUAGAUGCUUUCAUUGCAAUGGAAAGAGAAGGGAUAAAACCAGACGGUGUGACUUUCGUAGGGCUUCUAUGUUCGUGUAGCCAUUCUGGAUUGGUUUCCGUUGGGAGAAGCUAUUUUUCAGAGAUGAAGAUCGUUUAUGGCAUUGAGCCCGGAAUUGAACAUUAUGGCUGCAUGAUCGACCUUUUAGGUCGAUCAGGAUGCCUUCAAGAAGCACUUGAACUUAUAAAGAGCAUGCCAAUGAAGCCCAAUGCAGUUGUCUGGGGUGGGCUGCUCCGAGCUUGUCACAAGCACAAGGAUGCAAAGCUAGGGGAGCAAGUGACCGAUAAUCUUCUAAGUUUGGAUCCACACGAUGGAGGAAACUACGUCUUCUUGUCCAACCUCUAUGCAUCUUUAAACCGAUGGACUGAAGUUGAUCAAUGUAGGAAGUUAAUGAUCAAGAGGGGUGUGCGUAAAACGCCUGGAUGCAGUUCAAUCGAGGUUGAAAACAUUGUAUAUGAAUUUGUAGCUGGAGAUACUUCACGCACUCAAAUUAACGUGUUCUUGGAUAAGAUUGUGAAGGAAGUACAGGCUCAUGGAUAUGAACCAGAUACAACUACGGUGCUACAUGACGUUGAGGAUGAAGAGAAGGAGAGUGUGGUUCGAUAUCACAGUGAGAGAAUUGCUGUUGCGUUUGGACUUAUGACGAUGCAACCCGGAAGGAUAAUUCGGGUUGUGAAGAAUCUCAGGACAUGUGAUGAUUGUCAUACAUUCAUGAAGUUCAUAUCAAAUGUCUAUAAAAGAGAGAUAAUAAUGAGGGACAGGAACAGGUUUCAUCAUUUUAGGAAUGGGUAUUGUUUUUGUAAUGACUACUGGUGAAAAUAGGCAAAAUCUAAAUGACAUCAUGUUAGUGCUCACCGGGUCUCGAGUCGGGAGUUAGGUCUCAGGAAGUUGGGAGUCGGGUUCCAGGUCGGAGUCAAGUCCCAAGUCCUUCAAUAGAUUCUACUCAAGAAUUGACCUUUUGAACUUUUAUGAAAGGCUCUCCAUAGUUGUGGGUAAACUGUCAAGGGUGGCUUAACAAAAUUGGUGGCUUAAA